AUGCGUCAUGACAAUGGCAACCAUGAGUAUCCAUCAAGCUAUCUUGCAGAAUCGCGUCAGCCACAGAUGAUCAUUGGCAACAUCGUAGUUCAGGUUGUUGGAUCCUUAGUCUUCUUUGCAAGAGUGUAUUCUCGAGCUGCAAUCAUCAAAGCAUGGAGGGCAGAAGACUAUAUUCUUACGUUGGCUUGGAUAUUUUGUACCGGCUAUAGCGUCUGCCAAUACGGUCAGAUUGAUCAUGGCAACGGACGUCAUGCAAUCGCAACAUCCAUCGAACAUCCAAUGGCCUCGGUCGAAUCGCAAAAAUACGCAUACGCAGCGCAAAUCGUUCUCUUUCCCGCACUUGCUUUAUCAAAGAUAAGCAUAUGCCUCACGUAUCUUCGAAUCUUCUACACAGAUAAACGGGGCCGCUACAUGAUUCGGGCACUACUGGUCAUCUUGGUACUCUUGACGUUCCCCUUUAUGUUCGAAGUCGCAUUUCAAUGUAGCCCAGUUCAUGUCUACUGGACUGAAGGACGUCCUGAAGCAAAAUGUCUCCAGGAUUUACCGGGCUUUAUCCUCAGUGGAAGCAUCAAUGUAUUCGUCGAUGUUGCGCUCAUGGCCAUCGUACUACCCCGUAUUUUCGAACUGCAAAUGGAUCGACGACAAAAAUGGGCUCUAACGGGUGUCGUUCUUCUCGGUUCCCUUGCUGCUACGGCUGGUAUCGUCCGCAUGGUGCGGGUCAGCGAAUCGAUAACAAUGCCGAACUUCGACCCAAGCUGGGAUCAGUAUGAUGUGUCAAUCUGGACAUCCACGGAGGUCUAUACCAGUUUGAUGUGUGCUUCUGCACCAGGAGUCAAGCCAAUACUCGUCAAAAUACUGCCGAAAUGGUUCGGGUCGUCAUUCUCACGAAGCCGCACGCGGACAACUGGAGAACCUGAUGUCAACCUUGAGCUUGGUCUUAGUUCUAGAUGGAAGCGGGUAACUAUCGGUAGUGCGCGUACGGGUAAUAGACGACAGAGCGAAACAGUACUGGUGUCUGCUGAGGGACCAUAUACCGAGAUGGGAGGUAGUAAUCAUACGCGACGUACGAGUAAAGAGAGCGAGGCUAUGUCGACGGCAGCGACUAGUGAGGGUGAAAGAAGCCAUAAAGGCCAUAUAUACAAAACGAGCGAGGUCUUAAUUGAGACUCAGAUGAUAUAG